CCGGACGUAAACAACUAAAAGGUUUCUCUUGCUGCCAAUGGUUAUAAACUUAGAUUUAGAAAUUAAAUUUUAAGCCGAAGGCAAAGGAGAUUCACUUUAUUAAACUAUGGAAGUGUUACCGGAGGUGGACUGUGAAGAGGACGUUACUAUAACAGAUAAUGAAGAGGAUGAUGAAGAGAGCGCGCGGGAUCUGGAGGGUCUUCGGGAUCUGGAGAGCAGCCUGUCCAACAUACGAAUAAACCCUACAGUCACACACAUGGCAAGGCCAAGAGCUCAUGUUGACCUUUCCAAAUGUCCAUCUUCAUACAAGGAGAACUCUGCACAGGAGAAGCUCAUGCUAGCAAUGGCUGAAAACUUUCGUCAGCAGUAUGCGCUUUUGUACCCUGAUCACAAAGCGCUUCUGCUGUGCCCUGUGAACGAAUGCGGCGUUCAGAAAUUUGUAAGCACUACCUUGCGAAGCACCUUGCUGCCAUAUCCUGAGCUGUAUGACUGGGAGGGAUGUUCCAGUUUUGUGGCUGAUUAUCUCUCAUUGGAGCUCUUGGAUCCACCAUUUGAACUUCCCAAGCAGCUGUCAUCGCCCACCUGGGUUCUGCAGAUUCAGAGAGGCACAUGUUUUGAUUUCUCCAUCGUGCUGUGUAGCCUGUUGUUGGGCGCAGGAUACAACGCUUACUGCGUCAGUGGCUACGCUACAAAAGAGAUGUGUCUUCUUGAUCAGUCACGACAAGAGUGUCCCCUACUGCAGCCUCAAAUUCAAGAUAAAACAGAGGAACCGAAGAAGCCAACACAGAAAUACUCUGUAAAACCCGUACGCGAUUUGCACAGCAACUUCGAAAAGCGUCAAGAGCAGAAACAGCAUGCAGAAGCUGAAGCAGCCGCACUGAAGAAACAACAGGAUGUAGAAAGACUUCAGAAGGAACAAGAACGUCCAUCACCUGACCCUCUUCGGGGCUUGAGAGUUCACUGCUGGGUUCUGGUGCUCUCAGGGAACCGGGAGGUACCAGAGAACUUCUUCAUUGACCCUCUGACAGGCAAGAGCUACUCCACCACCAAUGAAAACUUCCUGGGCAUAGAGAGUGUCUGGAACCAUCGAAAUUACUGGGUCAACAAGCAAGAUUGCACUUUCGGUUGUGAUGAGAUGACCUUUGACAUGGGCGAUCUAUCAAAGUGGGAGUAUGUGCUAUGUGGGCCUACUAGCCAAUCUCUGUCAAUCAUUUCAGACCCAAAGACACUCGAAGAGCCAGAGGACGAGGACGAAGAGGAAAUGGAGGGGCUGAAAGUGUUUGAGAUGCCUCCAUCUUGGGUGACUAAAAUAGAUAUUUCACCGGCAGAUAUGGAAAUGCGUUAUCCAGGGGGUAUGAAGGUUAUCCAGUACAGGAAAGCAAAACUGGAGAAGUUUGCUCCUUAUCUUCUGAAAGAUGGUCUUGUGACCAAACUCACCAUGUAUAAAGACCUCGAAUGCACACAAGCCAGCACUAUUAAGGAAUGGUUCAAACAUCAAAGUGAUCAUCUUGAUGAGAGAGAACUACACACAGACAGCAAUGUGACAACUGAUCAUUUUAGGCCUGGAAGAAGUGAUGCUCUUAAAUACCACAGGUACAUCACUUUAGUUCCUGAGACGGGGCGUCAGAUGGACUUCUACAGUCAUAUUCGUACUGACGGUCUAGCCAGAAGAAUCGAGAAGCCUUUUGAAAUGACAGAAACCUUUGAAGAUCGCACUGACUUCCUCUUUUAUCGACGUGUUGUUUAUGGAAAGCAAAUCAAAGUGAUUCGGGCUGGAGAGGCUCUUGAACAACGGCCUCUACAGAGGGUGGAGGAGCGGUUUCACAGAGAUCUUUCUAAGGCGGCAAGUAAAGAUGUGGCUGAACGGAUCUUUAUGAUGACGGACAGACGGAUCCAGGUGACCUUUCAUCUAGAGGACGACAAGAUCAUCCCAGCCUGGCUCAACUUCAUCAAACCCAAAGAAGCAGCAGACUCGCAGAAAGCGCAAGCUUUUACUCCACAGAUGGUGUCUGGCUUUCAGGUGGAUCCUUCUGUGAAGCCCUACAAGAACUUAAAGUUGUAUGAAAUGCUUGUGGAAUUGAUGAGAGAAGAGGAAGAUGUUGAACUUCAAAUCAGAGAGUCAGAAAAAGAGGUUAGGUCCAUCCUUUCUUCAAGAGAAAAGGAGGACAGUAAUACUGACCUGCUGAUUUCUAUCUACAACCCUACGCGGAACGAAACGGCCCGUCGGCACAUGGAAGAAAAGGAACGUAUGGCUGAAGAAAAGAAGCAGCGGCAGAAAGAGAAAGAGCUGGACCUGCUGGCUCCAUCCCAGGUCCGACUGGGACUCCCAGAAGUUCUCACACACCAGGACGCGCUCCAGCUGAAGACAGACUGUCUGAAUGAGUUUAAACAGCAGCUCCUUAACAAAGCCAGCAUCAUCCAGAGCAGAAUCGAAAAGGAGACAGAGGAGUUGCAGAAGAAGCAGCUGUGGUACCAGAAGAACUAUCUCACCAUGUCCAAUGAAGACGAGGAUGAUUAUCUCGCCUACUGCUCUGACGCCAUGUUCAGGAUCCACGUUUUCAAAAUGAGACUCAUUCGACACAAGGAAAGAGCGCCUCAGAAGUAUCUGGCACUGGAGGAGAAACUAAAAAGACAUCCAAGGUUGGCCAGUCACUUGUUGUAAAAAGACAAAUGCAUCCCAGUAUAUGACUCCACCUAUCCCAGACUGUC